AUGGAGGGAGGAGGGCAAGGGAGGUCUGCGUGGCAGGCCUACACGGAUGGAUUGGGCGGCGCCCAGCGAGCUUUCGGGCGAAAGCUCGGGUCCGUGGCGGCCUUUUCGUACCGCCGCCCGUGGACCACGAUCGCAGCGGGCCUGAUCAGUGCUCUGGUGCUCGCGGUGGGAUUCCUCCGCCUCGAGAUCGUCACGGAGUCGGAGAAGCUGUGGACGCCUCAGGGGAGCAAGUCGAUGGAGCACAGGGACUACGCCGAGGCACGUUUCUCCGGAGGUGGAUCGAGGCUGGUCCUCCAGGUGGAGCCUGCAUCUGGCUCCAAUGUCGUCACGGUGCCUGUCCUGAGCGACCUCUUCCGCGCCGCCUCCGCGGUCCUGGACGCCGUUGACGCCCAGGGACGCUCCUUCACCGACGUCUGCGAGCCCACCGCGACAGGGUGCGACCGCGGCGGCCUGCUAGCACCCUGGGGCUUCGACCGGGCGCAGCUCGAGAACGACGCGGCCACGAACGAUCCAACGGCCGCCCUUCUCGCCCGCAUCAACGCCGCGACGUUCCCGUCGGGCCGGAGGAACGAGCCGACGACGUACCUCAGUCCCGUCGACCGUGACGCAUCCGGGGGUGUCACGGGCGCCGCGACGGGCCUGACGACCUUCAGGCUGAGACAGGCUCUGACGGACAGCUCCUCGAAGACGUUCAUGGAGGCCGCGGAUGCUGCGCUGGAUCGCGUCCGCGGCACCCUGACCGCGGUGAAGCUGACGUGGGUCCACGAGUUCAGCAUCGACGACGAGGUCGAGGCGACCGUCUCGGGCGACAUCGUGCUGGUGAUCACGUCGUUCGUCACGAUGACGCUGUUCGCGUCGCUGUCGCUGUCCAACGUCCGGAACUUCGUCAAGUCGCGCAUCGCCCUCGCGCUGGGGGGCGUCGUGACCACCGCCGUGUCCAUGGCGGCGGGAUACGGAUUCUGCGCCCUGGUCGGAAUCAAGUUCAGCACGCUCCAAGCGAUGCUCCCCUUCCUCCUCGUCGGCAUCGGCCUGGACGACAUGUUCGUGCUCGUCAACGGCCUCGACGUCGUCCGCGUGCGCCACCCCUCGGCGUCCGCGGAGGAGCUCUUCCGCCUCAACGCCGAGACGUUCGGGACGAGCAUCACGGUGACGUCGCUGACCAACAUCCUCGGGUUCGCGCUCGGCACCGCCACGGUGAUUCCGGCGGUGCGCUGGUUCUGCGCCUACGCCGCCGUCGCCAUCGCGUUCGACUGGGCGCUGCAGCUCACGCUGUUCACCGCGAUGAUGGCCGUCGACGACCGGCGCCGCGCCGCCAGCCGCUGCGACCUCCUGUGCUGCGUCAAGCGCGCCGCGCCAUCGUCCUCGCAGCCCGCAGCUGCGACGGCGAAUGUCACGGCGGUGCUCGCAGCGCCCGACGCACGGGCGUCCAAGGACGACGCCGGCGGCGCCAAGGUGUCUCCACGGCUCCCUGGCAGCCCCAGCGUCGACGCCACGUCGUCCGAAGCCGACCGCGAGGCGCAUCCCGUGCAGUUCUACAUCCGCCGCGUCCACGUGCCGCUGGUCACGUCGCUGUGGGGCCAGAUCCCCGUCCUGCUCGUCCUCCUGGCGCUCGCCGCGUGCGGCAUCUACGGCGCGACGCAGCUCGACCAAGGCCUGCCGCUCAAGGACCUCGCGCGAACCGGAACGACCACGCGGCGGUUCUUCGAGGUCCAGGAGAGCUCGUUCGACGUCACCGUGGGCAGCGCGGCCAAGCUGUACUGGCGCAACGUCGACUUUUCCGCGCCGGCGGCGCAGGCCGGCGUCCUCGAGACGUUCCAGCGCGCGCUCGAACACGAGUGGGCGGACCCGGAUGCGAACGGCAACGCGAAGCCGUGGGUCGCGGAGCUCGUUACGUUUGCGAAGGCGCGCGGGGCGGCGACGGAGCUGGCGUUGCCCGAGGGGACGUUCGAGGGCUCGAGCACCGCGCCCGUGCAGCGCGAGGUGAUAGCGCAGGCGGCGUUCGAGGGUGAGCUUGCCGCGUUCAUCGGGACGCCGGACGCGCCGGGGCCGGGCAAGCGGUUCGUCGAGGACCUCGUCUUCGCGCCGGGCUUCGCGAACGGCGCAGCGUGGGCGUCGGAGACCAACCCUGAUCCGGAGAUCGUCGACAGCGGGCUUGUGGGGGGGCCGGUCGUGGCGGCGCGGGCGUCCUACACGUUCGCGCCGGUCGGCGAGGACGUGUCGCGCGAGAUCGACCUGUUCCACUCCGUGCGCGAGCUCUCGCGGAAGCUCAACGCCGUCAUGGGCGGCACUGGCGACGACGACCGCGCGUUCGUGUUCAUGCUGGACUUCAUCUUCACGGAGAGCGACCUCGUGCUGUGGGACAUGACGCUCCUCACGAUGGGCCUCGGCCUCGUCGGCGUGUUCGUCGUGUCGCUGCUCUUCCUCGUCCACCCGGUGUCUGCAUUGCUGUGCACGUCGGUUGUCUUCCUCAUUGACUGUGCGCUGCUGGCCGCGAUCUGGUGGGGCGGCAUGCGGUUCAACACGGUCUCGAGCAUCAACCUCAUCCUCGGCCUCGGCCUCAGCGUCGACAUGACGCUGCACAUCGCGCACAAGUUCCUGGAACAGCCGUUCGGGGACCGCAAGGCGCGCGUGGCCGCGACGCUGAACGAGAUCGGGUUCGCCGUGGCGCUCGCGGGGCUCUCGACGUUCCUGGGCAUCCUCCCGCUCGCAGCAUCGCGGUCCACGAUCUUCCUGACCUUCUUCAAACUGAUCUCCGCCACCCUCGGGUUUGGCCUGUACGGCGGGCUGUUCCUGCUGCCUGGCCUGCUGUGCUGGCUCGGGCCGAGCCCGAUUCUGGCCGAGGCGCACGGCGGCGCGGAGAAGGCGCAGGUCGCUGCGUUGAAGGAUGCGUCGCCAUGA